AUGCGUUUGGUCAACACGUUUUUCCCCUGCGGCUCCACUCACUUCGGCCCCGACGGUUCACGGUCCAUAGUGGAUUACAUAGCUGUCAGUUCCGACGUGUUCCCCGCGUGCAGAGUGUUGAUAUUUGGCAGUCGGCUGGGGAUCUAUUGCGGCUUAUUCCAGACACGGUUGCCUGCGACCACAGACCUGUUCGUUGUGAAGUUGAUCUCCGUUUUUGUUUUUCUGGAGUUCCGCGGCGCCUGCAGCCUCCACUCGGCUAAGCGCUUCUGGAGCAAGGAGGCAUUGGUGCAGCGGUGCAAGGAUAUCGUUUUGGAUCGCAUAAGCGGGAAUACGUUCUUGCAGUGGAGUCUCGUUUUGAAACCGCUUGGCCUGAGUUUGUUGCUGCCGCUCGUGGUUGUGGUCCUGAUGCUGUCGAUUCUCGUUUCUGUGAUAUCGUGCUCGAUUGCGCUGCUGAGCAUUGCACGGCCUCUCAGUGGAAACGCCCUGAUAUGCUGGAGAAGGAGAAGGUUGCCAUUCUCCGUCGUCGCAUUGCUACGGUUUGCUCUGCAUUUCUGUUUUUUCCUGCGAGUGACGCUGUACUUCUACUUCCUUGGCUUGGACCCGCUGUUCACAUACUUUAUUUCUGCCUUGCUGUGGUCACUCGUCCUCUCGUUGGCAAGUUCCGUACAGCUGCUCUUGGUGCUAUCGUGUGCAGCGUGCGCCGGACCUUGA